AGGAGGGCAAACAAGCUGAACAACACUGGCUGCCUUCAUGCAGAAGUUGGCUGCCACGUAGUUGGCAUUCCUGCCAUGUAUUUAUUUUUGUAACUUCAGUUUAAGGAAAGCUUUUUGUACAGUUUGCUAGUUAGCUAUUUUCUAUCAAAAUGGUUCUUUUUUCUAUUUGUUUGAUAUUUCCCUCCCUGUUUGUGUUUGUUACCGGGGGGAAACUGCCUGAGCCAGACGUGAAAAUAGAAGUUUUACAUAAACCCUUCAUGUGUUAUCGUAAGUCAAAGUAUGGAGACAUGCUUCUUGUUCACCACGAAGGAUACUUGGAGAGUGACGGCACACCGUUUUUUUCCAGCCGGAAAGAUGGGGAUACCAAUCCAGUGUGGUUCACUCUUGGGAUUCGAGAGGUUCUCAAGGGUUGGGAUAAGGGCCUGAAGGACAUGUGUGCAGGAGAGCGCAGGAAACUGACUGUCCCUCCAUCACUGGGAUAUGGCAAGGAAGGAAAAGGCAAGAUCCCUCCAGGCAGUACCUUGAUUUUUGACAUUGAGCUUAUGGAGAUUCGAAAUGGUCCCAGGUCGCACGAUUCUUUCAGAGAGAUGGAUCUGAAUGAUGAUUGGAAGCUCUGCAGAGAAGAGGUGAAAGAGUACCUAAGGAAAGAAUUUGAAAAGCAUGGAUACUCCCCAAAUGACACAAAUCAUGAAGUGAUGGUGGAUGACAUCUUCAAAAAUGAGGAUGAAGAUAACGAUGGUUUUAUAUCUGCGAGGGAAUUCACUUACCAACACGAUGAGCUCUAAAGGACUGAUAACAUCUAACUUACGUCUAAAGCUGCCUGUUGUUCCUUUGUAAUUGAUAUCAAAAACUUGGGAUGACAAUUUCACCGUUACAAAAACCAGUGUUUGAUUCAUAAAUUUCCUCGAAAAAAACGUUGUUUGUUUUUUUACACUGCAGUUUAACAGUAUUGUUUUACGGUUGGUUAAACAUUUCCUGGGAAAUUAAAUCCAUAUUUAAUUUUUAUCUCCAUUUUGCACUGACAUCACCGCAUAUGCAUUAAGGUUACAGUAUUUGACUUAAUGAUGUAAGGGAUUAGGAUUUUAAAUAAACGUAUUUGAAUUAAACUGAGCUAUAUAUCA